UCGAGUGUAUAUACUGGGGUGUGUAAACGAGCAACUGGCUAAAAUGGUUAGCGUUUUAAGCGUUUAAACAAUGUUAACUGCCCUGCGUCGAAAAAUUCGGCUUGGAAUGCAGCGCACGGUUUUGAUUGCAGUCCUCCUGGCUGUAGGGGUCUUCAGCUAUGCCUUCCUCAAUCUCAAGUUCUGCUUCAAGUUGAUGUCCCACCGGAGCCUUAACCUGAUGUGCCAGAAAUUCGAAAAACAUGAAUACAGCGGCUCUCUGUGCGAGGAACUCUGCGGCCCUCAGUCUUCCUUUGACAACUUCCAGUGUCCUUUGAACGAUAUGAAAACUAUUCUUUUUACGGCAGAAAAAAAUGGUGAUAUGUAUGCGGUGAAGUUGGCCCGGCAUAAUGAUGAUGAACUGAGUUGGACAAACAGCAAGGGAGAAGCCAUAUAUCCCAAAAUAGAAGAGUUCCAUGAGAUUGUUAAAUUGCAUAUCAUACUGGCCUAUAAUGUCACCUUGGAUGACAAUAUGAUCCGUGCUCUGGUCAACCAAGAAAUAUCUGAUGAUAACUCCCAGCAGAUGGUUAGCUUCUGGAGGCUUUUCAAGGAUAAUAACUACAUGAUGGGCAAGCUAUUUGAUGAGGAGUCCAUUUUUCCAGCUGUACUGGGGUCCUGUGGACCCUACUAUGCCACUGAGGGCUUGGAAAUAGUGCAAUCCAAUCCUAGCAUAAUGCAGUAUCUUGCCUCAAAUCGGUUGCAACGCCUCAAGCACGCCCUCAAUAUAAUGGAGUACAUUUUCCGACUGGAUGAAAUGAAGCCGGAACCCCUCAAGAUGUGCAAAAUGCAAGUGAAUCGCUUUGGCACCACGCCGGAAAGGAGAUUGAAGUACCAGAGUGCCGAGCACAUUUAUGUGGAGAGCCAGUUGGAUAAGCGGCUGUCGAGGGGCGUCAAGUGCCACACCAACAAGGACUGCCACUUCCACUCCUGCAUCGGAAUGUGCGACGAGGAGCAUAAGGCCUGCACGCACAUUCAGCAGAACAACAACUUCCAGAUAUUCUGCGAGCACGUCCUCCUGGGCGGAGGAACCUUCCAGCCGGGACUCCUGAGCGGAGUGCGUCUGUCCAAGCCACUGCAAAAGCUGGUGAAGAUGUGCAUUCAGCCGCCGAAGGAGCACCAGGUGCCAGGACGAGAGUUGGCUCCCAAUGCCCAGCUUGCUCUGAGGAUCUACAAUGAACUGAAACAACUGCACCAGGCUGCGGCAGCGGCGGCAGGAUCCGAAACACCCGACGAGGGGCAAGGACAACGGGGUGUCUGAAAGCAAUGGGAAUUUUUUAGUAGAAGGUAGAACAAUUGGCAUAUUGCUUGGCAGGAUUGCUUGCUCAAAACUCGUAGCAUUUUUACAAAUAGUAUUAAUUGAAUCCAAAUAAAACA